AUUUGUACUGCUGCGGAAAUUGUCGCUGCUACAGUUACAGUCUCCAGUCGCCAUGUCUCCGAUAGAUUAGUAUAAGGAGCACCAUAACCACAAUACUAUUAUCAGUUGUCAACCGGUAGGAACCGGCCGAAUUGACAUUAACCGCGUAGUCAUGUUAAGGCAGAUCCCUACCGCCUGAGUUCACACGAUACUCGAUGCGUGAUCGUUGCUCGAUGACGCUUUUCGACACGCGUCCGAACUCAAUCGCCGGUCCGGCAAAUCGCCGGCUCCAACGACGAUUCCUAUUGGCCACCGACAAUUGGUCCGUCCUGCAUUGGUCAUUCACAGAUCCCGCCUUGACAACGCACAUACCAGUUCCAAUUCUUUCCAUCACGUGGUGCAAUUAUGUAGAAAAAUACAGAGCGCACCGUUCGACCUCCUCGCCUCUUUGCGUUUGCACGACGAUGCCAGCCGACGUCAGCGUAGGGUAUCGCGUUCGCGUAUCGCUCCAUAUCCGCCUCUUUCGCACUGUGUCGUUGUGCGCGUGUCUGUCCAAGCAAGGAACUGAUGCUGCGACCGUGUCGCGCUCACCCACCCCUAUGCUAGACCGACCAGCAGCCUAGCUGGCAAACCUCGUCGGCGUCCGUCACUAACUAACGUUGCUGCUGCUGAUACCGGCAUCGUCGGGUAAACGGCGCGUGAACCCGCUGUGGUGCCGUUUAGAACGUUUUACAGUCACUAGAGCAUUUUUCAGUAGCUGCUGUUUUCCGUUUACGUUCGCGCACCCUUGCCCUCACGCGGCAGGCACACGCUCUCCGGAGUCUCCGAAUGACACCAUCAUUAUCACGAUCAUCAACAACAGUUGCAGUCGAAGCAGUUACGGGGCUAGCUGCGACAUCGGAAUUGUAAAGGUGUCAGGUCUGCCUGUGCAGGCAGCAGCAGACGCUGUAGUAAUCGAUAACAGUGCAAACGCAACAAAGAUCAGCGCCGAGGGCGCUAGAGAGAGUGUUGAGUGAUCGCGUGUCAGCCAGCUGUCACACUGUUGAGGCAGUCCUUAGGAGGGCCUGCUGCAUAUAACCUUUUGAGAGACGUGCUAGACUCACCAAACCUACAAGAAGACCUGCAUCGACAACGUUGCUCAAACUAAGCUGAAGGCUGACCUGGCGAGUAACGAAUAUCGGACUAGCAGAACACAGGCACACCACGUGCGCUUACCCGACCUGAAAAAAGUGUGCUUGCAAUAGGUGUUCAACUGUUGACGGUAUAACUGCGCUUUGUGUGGUACGCAGCACUAGCUGAUCUUUACACUACGCGGAAGAUCUAGCAGUGUCAAACGGAGGCCAAAGACUCGAAACAAACAAAAUUCAACGUCAGUUGUGAUCAGUUGAGGACACCUUGUCCGCUUCGCACAGUGCGUCCGGGCAAGCGUCCAAAUCUUCUCGCUGAUUUCACUCGAUUAUCGUUGGAAGGGCAGAGGUCUCUUCGGAGAGCUUCGCCGAACUCCGGCUUACCAUAGUCAGAUCAGCAAGCUUGCUCGAACGGCAAAAUGUCAGUGACGACAACCGUUACGAAGACAGCCCCUCCAGCUGCCCCAUACAAGAGGCAGAUCGUUUGGCGGAACGUCAUACUCAUGAGCUAUCUGCACCUAGCGGCCGUUUAUGGAUUCUAUCUCAUGUGCACGCAGGCUAUGUGGUCGACGUGCAUUACAGCAAUCGUGUUAUACGUAUUGUCAGGCCUAGGAAUUACAGCAGGAUGUCACCGGUUGUGGUCGCACAAAAGUUAUCGGGCUCGAUUUCCGCUUCGGGUAUUCCUUGCAACUAUGCAAACAAUGGCUUUACAGAAUAGCAUAUUUGAGUGGAGCCGAGAUCAUCGGGUACACCAUAAGUUCUCCGAGACCGACGCUGACCCGCACAAUGCCACCAGGGGCUUCUUCUUUGCGCAUGUCGGUUGGCUUCUAUGCAAAAAACAUCCUGACGUCAUUACUAAGGGCUCCAAAGUGAAAAUGGAUGAUCUUCUUGAAGACCCCAUCGUCCGUUUCCAAAAAAAGUACUACCCCUCCCUGGCUAUCUUUAUGUGCUUCAUCUUACCAACAUCGAUUCCAAUAGUGCUCUUCGGUGAAACGCUUAUGAACGCGUUCUUCGUCUGCGCAAUGUGGAGGUACUGCUGGUGCUUGAACAUGACAUGGUUGGUCAAUUCUGCUGCACACAUGUGGGGCCAAAGGCCCUAUGACAUUCAUAUUAACCCAGUCGAAAACUGGGCAGUGAGUCUAGGCGCUAACGGUGAGGGAUGGCACAAUUACCACCAUACAUUCCCCUACGAUUACAAAGCAGCCGAAGUCCCCUAUACGCUGAAUAUAACAACGCUCUUUAUCGACGCCAUGAAAUUUAUCGGCCAGGCAUAUGACUGCAGAGUGGUUGCCCCUGAAACGAUAAGGGCGCGUAUAAUGAGAACUGGUGCUGGAUCCAGUCACCAUCACUACGAUCCUGACGAAGAGAAAGAAUAUUGAGAGAUAAAAAUUAUAUAAAUCUGGCUGAAAACUUAGCUAUGCACAAAUAAUGCCUGUAACUAGGUGAUGCUUUAUGUAUAAUUGAUUAAUUGAUGAGAAGUGAGGAGAGGACUAAUGAGAAACGCCACCAGAUGCGGCCAGUCAGCCUGUUUGCUCCCUGAAGCUGUUUUCGACAAUUGUACGUUUCGUCUAAACUAAACAACGCGUGAGGCGGAAAGAACGCGCAAAUGGUGACAGAUAAUCAAAUAUAAAGAAGCGUAGUUGUGCAAAAAUGAGUCGAAAAACAACGAACAAUACUGGAGAGUCCAGUCUGUACUUAAACUGUGUUACUGUUGCUGAACGAGAGGACGAAGGAUGUCCUAGAGAUUAACAAAUAAGUUAUACGAUACACGUUUUUACAUAAAUCCAUGUUUCUAAACAAAAACAUUGUUUAUUUAUUCAGAUGUGCAUGCGAGUGUUAUGCUUUAUUCUUAGUUAUGACUUAUUCGUUAAAUAUUUUAAACAAGAUGUGGUUUUCCCUUCACAGCGUGUUUACGUCAGCAUUUCACUGGUGAUAUCUAAAAUAUUCGCACUUGGAAGGGUGUGCGCUUAAAAAUUGUAUAAUUUUAAAAUUAAGAUUGCUUUCGUAACAGACGCAGAAGCAUAAAUUGGUUCAGCUGGUAAAAUGAAGUUCUAAGUUAGAACGGAAAAAUCUUUGUUGUCUCAAAUAUUUGAAGCUUAUUUCAGGUAAAAUUGUUCAGUAAACCCAAAUCGCAGGUUCAGUGUAUUGCGUCGCUAUGUGUCUUCAAAGAAUUUCGAUAAACUCUUGUGCUAACGAAAAUUUCCAGUUUUAGAAUCGACUAAGUACGACUAAAGAGUGACCUCAAAUAAAUUGCCUACUAAGCCUUUCUGAU